AUGGAUCAAUCGAUCACAGAACGUGAAAUCAUCCCUGCCGUGGGAGAGGACUCCAAGCAUGCCCACUUCAUGAAACAAGCGCUGUUGAUGGGAGAGAAAGCUCUGGAAUGCGGAGAAACACCCGUUGGAUGUGUACUCGUCUACAACGACCAGGUUGUGGGAUCGGGAAUGAACGAUACUAACCGAUCUAUGAAUGGAACCCGCCAUGCUGAAUUCAUCGCCAUCGCCGAACUCCUUCAGAGCUAUCCCAAGUCUAUUCUCCAGCAAACUGAUCUCUACGUGACAGUGGAGCCUUGCGUAAUGUGUGCAUCUGCCCUUAAGCAAUACCAAAUUCGAAGUGUCUACUUUGGCUGCGCCAAUGAUCGGUUUGGUGGCACAGGGGGCGUCCUAUCACUUCAUUCUGACGCAUCGAUUGAUCCCCCCUACCCGGUGUAUGGAGGCUUAUUCCAGAAAGAAGCCAUAAUGCUACUCCGUCGUUUCUACAUUCAAGAAAAUGAGAAAGCCCCCAACCCUCGACCGAAGAAGAAUCGCGAGCUGAACACAACUUUCGACGACACAGAGGAUCUUGCGGCAACAUCGUGA